AUGAACAAAGUUGAAGAUUCUACAACAAAAUUAUUGCAAACAGAGGUGUUGUAAAUAGAGUAAGGGAAGGAAAGCAUUAUGAUAGUUGAAGAGAAGGAUAGCAAUUCAUGGAAAGAAAGAAUGAAAAAUUUGUUUAUUGUACCCAUAUAGAAAUGUAGUCGUGUAAUAUGUUUAGAUGGACAAUGUACACCAAUCAAUUAAUAAAGCAAUGUUAUCAAGAAUUCUAAAUAUAAUGUCUUCACAUUUCUACCUAAAGUGCUUUAUUAAUAGUUUCACUAAUUCAUCAACAUCUUUUAUUUAGGAUUGACAAUCUCGCAAUUUAUUUAACCCUUCAAAGUUGGAUUUCUGAUAGGAUAUUUGGGGCCUCUAGCUCUGGUGGUCACUCUGAGUGUCCUGAAAGAAUUGUACGAUGACAUAAAAAGACAUAAGAGGGACAGACAAAUUAAUAGUACAAUAUAUAAGCGGUAUAUAAAUGGCCAAUGGUAACACAUCUCAAGUGGUCAAUUGGAAGUCGGAAUGAUCAUAGAAAUAAACAGCAAUUAACGUAUACCAGCAGAUAUUCUGGUAUUGGAAGCGAGUGAUGAUCAAGUAUUUAUUCGUACAGAUUAAUUGGAUGGGGAGACAGAUUGGAAAUUAAGGAAACCUGUUUAAUAUAUUUAAAAGAAAGGAAUAUAGAAUUUGUAGUUGUCAACUUGUUAAGUAAAAUGUGAUCGUCCAUAAGAAAACAUCUACGAUUUUUAUGCUGUAUUUGAGUGUGAAUAAUCAAAAGAGCCAUUAUCAUUAGAAAAUGUUAUGUGGGCUAGUACAGUUCUUGCAAAUGGUAAGGUAACUGGAGUAGUUAUUUAUAAUGGAUUUGAAACUAGAAUGGCUAUGAACAGCAGACAACCUCAAACUAAGUUUGGCAAAAUCGACACUGAAAUCAAUUAUAUGUCAAUUAUGCUUUUUGUGGCAAUGGGAUUCUUGUCAAUUAUCAUCACAAUUCUCUCAUAACCUCCAUUGAAUGCCUUAGCAAUAUGUGUCUCUCUAGUUCGAUAUCUAAUUUUACUCUCCAAUAUCAUUCCCAUCUCCAUGAGAGUCAAUGUUGAAUUUGCUAAACUCAUAUAUUGCUAUAAGAUAUCCAUAGAUAAAGGGAUAGAGGGCACAAUUCCUAGAAAUUCUAACAUUCCAGAGUCUUUAGGUAGAAUUGAAUAUUUGCUUACGGAUAAAACAGGAACCUUAACAUAGAAUGAUAUGAUUUUUAAGAAGUUGUCCUUAAAAUAAAAUGUGUAUACUUAUGAAAAUUACGAUGACAUGAAGAGGAGUCUGUAGACUGGAUUAGAAAUAGGGAAUGCAGAGGAAGAUGCCAUCUUAAGAGACUUAUUGUUGGCUAUAGCAUUAUGUCACAAUGUUACUCCAAUAGAGGAGAAUGGGGAAAGACAAUACUAAGCUUCAUCUCCAGACGAAGUUGCUUUGGUUAAGAUAGCAGAAUCCCUUGGAAUUACUUUAAUGAACAGGGAUUAGAAUUCUAUGACCAUCGAAUACAAUGGAAAAACAAAAAAAUAUGAAAUUCUCUAUAACUUUCCCUUCUCCAGCGAGAGUAAAAGAAUGGGGAUUCUACUCAAAUUAGAUAACCUAUACAUCUUUUAUUUAAAAGGAGCUGAUGCAAUAAUGAAGCAGUUCUUACCAGAAACACAACGAGGAUUUGUUGAUGAAGAAUGCGAAAAUCUAGCCAGAGAGGGAUUAAGAACAUUGGUCUUGACCUAAAAGAUAAUUACUCGUGAAUUUUUUGAAGAUUGGAAAGUCAAGUAUGAAUAAGCCUAAUGUAUUGAAAAUGUUACAUAGAGACAAAAUAAAUUAUCUAGAGUUAGAAAAGAAUUAGAAAAUCAUAUGUAGUUUUUAGGGAUCACAGGAGUUGAAGAUAAAUUAUAAGAAGAUGUUUGUUCAACCCUGGAAAACAUCAGAAAUGCUGGCAUCAACGUUUGGAUGUUGACUGGAGAUAAAAUUGAAACUGCCAUUUGUAUAGCUAUCUCGAGUGGAAUUAAAUCCGCAACCUAAGAGAUAUUCUUACUUAAAGAAAUUACCGAUGAAGAAACUCUGCAAUAGAGACUCUAAUAAUUUGAGACUAAAACCAAUUAACUGUUGGUUAUUGAUGGUACAAGUCUCUCCACAGCAUUUAAAAAAGAAGAGUUCUUCUUUAGAAUUGCAACUUAAGCUCAAUCUGUUGUGUGUUGUAGAUGUUCUCCUACUCAGAAAGCGUUAGUGACCGAAUGUAUCAAAAAAUACACUCAAAAAAUUACUGCCUGCAUUGGGGAUGGGGGUAAUGAUGUAGGUAUGAUUUAAUCAGCUGAUGUCGGAAUUGGAAUUGAAGGAAAGGAAGGUAAAUAAGCAGCCUUAGCAAGCGAUUUCUCUAUUCUUAAAUUUAAAUAUCUAAACUCUCUGUUGCUUUGGCAUGGCAGAUUAUCAUAUAAGAGAUCCGCCUUGUUGUCUUAAUUUGUAACUCAUAGAGGAUUAAUUAUUUCCAUGAUCUAAACAGUUUUCAUGUGCAUCUACUUUUAUUUAAGUAUUAGCAUUUUCAGUAGCACAUUAAUUUUGGGAUAUGCCACAAUCUAUACAAUGUUUCCAGUGUUUAGCAUCAUAUUUGAUGAGGAUGUUGUAGAAAAAGUAGCGCUUGAGUUUCCUCCUCUUUAUAAAUCAUUAUAAAAGAGUAGAGAUCUCAAUCCGAAGACAUUUAUGAUUUGGUGUUGGAAGGCCACAUAUUAAGGAACCUUAAUAAUGAUUUUGGCUUAAUUUCUGUAUAAGAAUGUUUUCUUGUAUAUAGAGACAGCAGCUUUCACAUCUUUAAUUAUUACUGAAUAUUGCAUGAUUUUUAGUGAACUUAAUUCCUUGCACAUUGUAAUGUUCAUUUCAACUAUUGGAUCCACAGUAUUUUACGUAUUGACAAUGGUACUCAUCCCAGAAACUUUAGUAGUUGGAGAAGUUCUAAAUGGAACAUUUUGGAUAAAUACUAUGAUCAUAGUAUUAUUUAGUUGGUGUCCAAUAUUUCUAUUUCAAUGGAUUGUCAGAAUAAAAUAGCCAACUGAUUAUGAGAAAAUCAUGAAAUAAGUGAAGGGUAAGAAAAAAAUAAAAACAAAUUUAUUCACUUGA